ACUCAACCCAUGAUCCAAUUCCAAUUUCCAACCCAGCAGAUUUCCCGAUUGGGAUCUGGGAUCAUCAAAUUUUAUUAAUUUUUUGGCUUUCUGUUUUUUUGUAUUUUAAUUAAAAAAGAAAAGAGUUUAAGACAAGACCAGAAGAGGAGGGCGGCCUGGAGGAGGAAGUGACGGAGACUUGGAAUGAGAGAGGAGGGCAAGAGUGCUAGGAUCUGACUGAAAGUGGGAGCCUAGACGACGCCGUUGCGUUUGCAGCGAAAGAACAAGGAAGGGAAGAUGUUAAAAUUCUUGAAGGGAGUGGUGGGUGGAUCGGGGACUGGACCCAAAGAUCUGCCCUACAAUAUCGGCGAACCUUACCCCUCUGCUUGGGGCUCGUGGACUCACUUCCGGGGCACCUCCAAGGACGAUGGGUCUCCGGUGUCCGUGUUUUCUAUAUCUGGAAGUAAUGCUCAGGAUGGCCAUUUGGCCGCUGCUCGCAAUGGUGUCAAGCGUCUCCGUACUGUCAGACAUCCAAAUAUCUUAUCCUUUCUUCAUAGUACCGAGGCUGAAACUUUGGAUGCUUCUACCACCAAGCAAACUAUCUAUAUUGUUACCGAGCCUGUUAUGCCACUCUCUGAAAAGAUCAAGGAACUCAGUUUACAAGGUAUCCAAAGGGAUGAGUAUUUCGCGUGGGGACUGCACCAGAUUGCUAAAGCUGUCAGCUUUUUAAAUAAUGAUUGUAAACUUGUUCAUGCCAACGUUUGCUUGGCCAGUGUUGUUGUAACUCAAACUUUGGACUGGAAGCUGCAUGCUUUUGAUGUGCUAUCUGAGUUUGAUGGCAGCAAUGAGGCUUCUGCUGGACAAAUGCUGCAAUUCGCCUGGCUUGUUGGACCACAAUACAAACCCAUGGAGUUGUUGAAGUCUGAUUGGGCGGCAAUCAGAAAGUCUCCACCGUGGGCCAUUGAUUCUUGGGGAUUGGGUUGUCUUAUCUAUGAACUCUUCUCUGGUCUGAAGUUAAGCAAAACAGAGGAGCUGCGCAACACUGCUUCUAUUCCAAAGUCUCUGCUUCCAGAUUAUCAGCGGCUCUUGAGCUCCACGCCUUCUCGUAGGCUGAAUACGUCAAAGCUUAUAGAAAAUAGUGAGUAUUUCCAAAAUAAGCUGGUGGAUACGAUACAUUUCAUGGAAAUUCUAAAUCUGAAAGAUAGUGUUGAGAAGGAUACCUUCUUCCGCAAGCUUCCAAAUUUAGCGGAGCAGCUACCUCGCCAAAUUGUGCUGAAAAAGUUACUUCCUUUAUUAGCUUCUGCUCUUGAAUUUGGUUCAGCAGCUGCACCUGCUUUGACUGCAUUGUUGAAAAUGGGUGCCUGGCUUUCAACCGAAGAAUUCAGUGUGAAGGUGCUGCCAACAAUUGUGAAACUGUUUGCGUCCAAUGACCGAGCUAUUCGAGUUGGUCUCUUGCAACAUGUCGAUCAGUUUGGAGAAUCAUUAACAGCACAAGUUGUUGAUGAGCAAGUUUACCCCCACGUUGCUACUGGGUUCUCUGACACAUCUGCUUUUCUCCGGGAACUGACUCUUAAGUCGAUGCUCGUUCUAGCUCCCAAGCUUUCUCAACGUACCAUUUCAGGGUCUUUGUUGAAGUAUCUUUCAAAGUUACAGGUUGAUGAAGAACCAGCAAUUAGAACAAACACCACUAUAUUGCUAGGGAACAUUGCAACCCACCUGAAUGAUGGGACAAGGAAAAGAGUUUUGAUUAAUGCAUUUACUGUCCGUGCAUUACGUGAUACUUUCUCACCUGCCCGAGGAGCAGGUAUUAUGGCUUUAUGCGCCACCAGUUCUUAUUAUGACAGCACUGAGAUUGCAACUCGGAUUCUCCCAAAUAUUGUUGUUCUUACCAUUGAUCCCGACAAUGAUGUUCGCUCAAAGGCAUUUCAAGCAGUUGAUCAAUUCCUUCAGAUAGUGAAGCAAUCCUAUGAAAAGACAAAUUCAGGAGAUACUGCUGGGGCUGCUGGUCUCGGGAUCUCAUCAAUACCAGGAAAUGCUAGUUUACUGGGAUGGGCAAUGAGCUCCUUGACUCUCAAGGGUAAACCUUCUGAACAAGCUCCACUUGCUCCUGUGAAUAUCAGUACAUCUCUUACCGAAACGACUUCCAAUGCAAGCUCAGUGGUGGAUACUCCAAGCACAGCAACUGCCCAUGUAAGUACCACACCAGAUUUUGCGGAUCAACAUGUACCUGAGUCCCCUACAUCGACAGAUGGCUGGGGAGAACUUGAAAAUGGAAUUGACGGAGAGCAUGAAAGUGACAAGGAUGGUUGGGAUGAUAUUGAACCUCUGGAAGAGCCAAAACCAUCUCCCGUUCUUGCAAGUAUACAAGCAGCUCAAAAGCGGCCGGUCUCGCAACCUGUUUCGCAGCCUAAACAACAAGCAACAAGUUUGAGACCGAAAAACACAGCCAAGGCUAUCAAAAAUGAAGAUGAUGAUUUGUGGGGCUCCAUUGCCGCCCCGGCACCCAAAACAAUUUCAAAACCUUUGAAUUUAAAAACAAGUGGAGCCGUUGAUGAUGAUGAUCCAUGGGCUGCCAUCGCUGCUCCCCAACCUACCACCAAGGCAAAGCCCCUAGCAGCUGUGAAAGGUCGAGGAACCAAACCUGCUGCUCCAAAACUGGGUGCACAGAGAAUAAACCGGACGUCUUCAUCUGGGGUGUAAAUUAUGCAAAAGAACAAGAGAAAAUUAUGGGUUAAGAUUAAAGAAAUUUGUGUAAAUUUCCCUCCCUUUUGGUGGCCGGUGUUCAUGUUAUAAUAGGACAUUUGGUGCCAACAGGAAUUGCAUUUGCACUUUCUCCAACUUGUUAAUUGAUUUGUAAUGAUAUUCUUUUGUUUGUUUCAGUUAGCACAGAAGCAGCCAUCUGUCAUGUAAUUUCCUUCAAGUUCUUUCUUAUGGUGUUAGGUUUUUUUUUUUUGGUCUGAUCUUAUGGUGUAAGGUUAGGUGAUAUAGAUGCAGCAGGAAACUGGCUAUCAAUUUUUGGGCCUGUAAAUUUGGGAUUUAAUUUGUCACAUUCUUGUAGUAGUCAAAGCCUUGGGAUUUUUGUGUCUUGACUCUGAACCCAGGGUUUAAUUUUCCUCGUUUUAA